GAGACGUCCGUCCGCAAGUCCUCCGCUGGAUGCAUCAGCUGCACCUCCUUGCGUCAGCACGAUCGCUGGUCUGCGACACUUCUACCUUGUUGGCUUUUACCCUCCGAAUACUUGCUUUACCUUUCAACUCUAAUGUUAUCGGUUUGGCCUGCGCUUGACUGGCUUGUCUCGUGUUUGACCACGUUCGCGCUCGUUCGCCCAUCGUUUUGUCUAUUUCAUAGUCUAUACACAGAGAACUGCCCUUCGCUGACAUCACUACUCUCAGGCAGGGUUCCAAAUAGUAACGUCUCGCUCGAUUUUUACCGUUCCUUACAUCACUCUAUCGCCUAAGCACACGUUCAUUGAUUGCCGCCAAAAUGGGUUGUGGAAUGAGCACUGAAGACAAGGAGGGGAAGGCCCGCAACGAGGAGAUUGAGAACCAGCUCAAGCGGGACAAGAUGAUGCAAAGAAACGAGAUCAAGAUGCUGUUGCUCGGUGCCGGAGAGUCCGGAAAGUCGACCAUCCUCAAGCAGAUGAAGUUGAUUCACGAAGGUAGUUACUCCCGGGAUGAGCGAGAAUCGUUCAAGGAAAUCAUCUACAGCAACACCGUCCAGUCGAUGCGUGUCAUUCUGGAGGCUAUGGAAUCCCUCGAGCUGCCACUAGAGGAUGCUCGCAAUGAGUAUCACGUGCAAACCGUCUUCAUGCAGCCUGCUCAGAUUGAGGGCGACAACUUGCCGCCAGAGGUCGGAAACGCCAUCGGCGCUCUUUGGCGCGAUACCGGUGUGCAGGAGUGCUUCAAGCGGUCCCGCGAAUACCAGUUGAACGAUUCCGCCAAAUACUACUUCGAUGCCAUCGACCGUAUCGCCCAGCCUGACUAUCUCCCCACCGAUCAGGAUGUCCUUCGCUCUCGUGUCAAGACUACCGGUAUCACCGAGACAACGUUCAUUAUUGGCGAUUUGACCUAUCGCAUGUUCGACGUUGGUGGUCAGCGAUCCGAGCGUAAGAAGUGGAUUCACUGCUUUGAAAACGUCACGACGAUCCUUUUCCUGGUUGCCAUCUCCGAGUACGACCAGCUGUUGUUCGAAGAUGAGACCGUCAACCGUAUGCAAGAAGCGCUUACCCUCUUCGACUCGAUUUGCAACUCGCGGUGGUUCGUCAAGACUUCUAUCAUUCUUUUCCUCAACAAGAUCGAUCGUUUCAAGGAGAAGCUUCCCGUCAGCCCCAUGAAGAACUACUUCCCCGACUACGAAGGAGGCGCCGACUACGCGGCCGCAUGCGACUACAUCCUCAACCGUUUCGUUUCCCUGAACCAGGCCGAGCAGAAGCAGAUCUACACUCAUUUCACGUGUGCUACGGAUACCACUCAGAUUCGCUUCGUCAUGGCCGCAGUAAACGACAUCAUAAUCCAAGAAAACCUGAGACUGUGUGGUCUGAUCUAAUGACCGGUAUAUCUUGAUCGAGCAGAGUGGACUCGUAUCUAGACCGUAUGCUAUGUGACUUGUAAUUCUGUGUUUUUGUUCUUUGUCAUACCAUG